AUGGGCGGGCGUGGCGGCGGUGUGGCCCUGCAACGGGCCGUAAGCAGGCGGCUGGUCAGGCUGAAAGGGUCACAACACCGCUACGCCACAACCCAAGCCACCGGAGACGGGGCGUAUCGCAACGAGGCAGCUGUUCGCGGCAUGGUCUCAGAACAGGUGCCCAUGGAUAUCUGCGACUUGAGCACCAUCCAUCACCCGCUGGGAGCGCUGGACUAUCAGCUGCCAUCCCAGCCAGCCGACUUUGAGCGGUACAAGCUGAGCCCGACCCAGCUUGAGCACUAUUGGCAGCACGGCUUUGUCGCCAACAUCCCCGUCCUCAGCGAGGCAGAUUGCGAUCGCCUCUGCGAGGAGCUGGCAGCCUUUCAACAACCAGACUUGCACCCGGGGCACGGCCUGUUCCAUGAGUUUCACCGCAAUCAAUCGGGUGACCCCAACAACGUGCUUAUGCAUUGCCUUGGUCAUUGGCGAAUUCAAAAGGUUGUUGAGCACCACGUCAACCAGACGGGAUUCUGUAGCAUAAGCAGAUUCUCUCUUCCUUCCUCCUCCCUCCCUCCCUCUCUUUCUCUCUCUCUCUCUUUGAACGGCUUUCAUGACUUGAUUUUUCAUCCAGCCAUCACCGUGCCGAGCGCCCAGCUUAUUGCCGGCGAAGGCCGAUCGCCAACCUCUGUCAGGUUCUGGCAUGACCAACUCUUUUGCAAGCCGGCUGCGCACGGAGGAAAUGUGGCUUAUCAUCAAGACUACUCGUAUUGGACACGAACAACACCGAUGCAACAUUUGACGGUCCAUGUGGCCUUGGACGACCAAAGUCCUGAAAACGGCGCCAUUACCUACAUCCCAGACAUGGACUCGAUCAAAACAGUGCUCGAGCCCGACGAGCUAGCCCGAUUUGAACCGGUGACCCUUCGCCUGCGCCGGGGUGAGGCGGUGAUUCACCAUCCUUUGAGCGUACAUGGCUCGUUUGGUAACCGUUCGCCACGACCGCGGCGUGCAGCCGUCGUCAACUUUCUGGCCGACGGCACUCUUUCUGAUUCUGAUGAUCCUUUGCUUGGUAACACCCCGCCCGUGGCGCGCGGCCAGCCCGUGCGCGGCCAGUUCUUUCCCGUGGUCCUUGAUGCCACUCACCUGAGCUGA